GCGCCGCGUUUUAUUUCCAGAGCAGUGGCGCUCCCGGUCGCCACGCGAGGCACGCCGCACACGCUAUGCUUCAGCCAGCAGUACCGGACCGCGAGGCGCACGGCGAGGACCUCGUCAUCCAACGAACAAAACAUGUCAGCCGCUCUGUCAUGGUUGACCGCGCCGGGGUGUUUCACUCUAUUGAUUUGCUUCACAUCAUCGUCGGCGGGUCUUUUCGACCGUAUGCAAAGAAAUGAAAUAACCCCCGCCGUGAAGAUAGCCCAAGGCGAGCUGACGGGCCUCUUCCAGACGAGCACGGCCAACAAGAAGUACAUGGCGUUCUACGGCAUCCCGUACGCGCGGCCGCCCGUCGGCGACCUCCGCUUCAAGGCGCCGCAGCCGGCCGUGCCAUGGGAAGGGGUGCGCGCCGCCCAGACCGAGGGUGACUUUUGCCCCCAGCCGGCGGCCACCAACAUCAUGAAGCCUCAGGCGAGCGUCAAGACGGCGGCGGACGCGCUCAAGAUGGUGGCCUCGCUGCCGGGCGCGGCGCGCCACGCUGCGAAGCACAUGCUGCACAUGUCGGAGGACUGCCUGUACCUCAACGUGUACACGCCACUGGAGGCGCUGCCCGUGGACAAGCCGCUCCCCGUGCUCGUGUGGAUCCACGACGGCGGCUUCGUCUUCGGCAGCGGCGACUACAACAUGCAGGGCCCCGAGCACCUCAUGGACCGCGGCGUCGUGCUGGUCACCCUCAACUACCGCCUGGGCGCCUUCGGCUUCCUCUCGUCCAACUCGUCGGACGCGCCGGGCAACGCCGGCCUCAAGGACCAGCGCCUCGCGCUGCGCUGGGUCCAGGACAACAUCCGGCACUUCGGCGGCGACCCCGGCAUGGUCACCCUGUACGGCUCGUCGGCGGGGGCGGUGUCGGCCCACGCGCACGUCCUGUCCGCCAACUCCAAAGGCCUGUUCCAGGCCGCCAUCCUCUCCAGCGGCUCGACGCAGGACUUUGGGGCCACGCAGGCCGACGCGGAGCUCACCAGCAGGCAGCUGGCGCACGCCAUGGGCGCCGGCGCCGACACGUGCGGCGACACGAAGCGGCGCAUCCAGUUCCUGCGCGACGCGCCCUUCAAGGACAUCGUGGCGGGCAUGAAGCACCUCAUGGCCUCCAGCAAGACCAACCGGAACAUCGUCGAGCGGCCCAUCUGGGCGCCCGUGGUGGAGCCCGCGGACGGCGGCGAGCCCCCCGUGCUGGACCGACACCCCAACGACAUCCUGGUGGCCGGCGACUUCAACACCGAGGUGCCUCUGGUCAUCGGCGUCAACGACAAGGAGGGCUCGUUCAUUGUCGGGAGACUGGCUGAGGACGACACGACGAAGCUUGAAGCCAAUCCGUCACUGCUGCUCUUGCCGAACCUGUACGAUCAGGUGGAUGCCAACACUAGGGAGGAGCUAUCGACCAAGAUCAAGAACUUGUACCUCAAGGACCAGGACAUCGGGAAGGAGGCCCUGGACAGUCUUGCCGACAUUUACGGCGACCAGAGCAUAGUCCACGGCACCCAUGUCGCAACACACUGGCACUUGAAGCACGCCAAAGCACCCAUCUUCCUCUACUACUUCACCCUCGAUGCCUUUGGUGUCGCGUCGUUUUUGUUUGGGACAAAGUCGCUGAAAGGUGCUGGUCAUGGGGAUGACGUAGGGUAUGUGUUUAAAAACCAUCUCGUGAGCGACAUGGGAACAUCAGAUAAAGAGCGUUUCGAUCUAGGAGUGUCCAGGAUGAACAACCUCAUCGCCAACUUCGUCUCCCAAAGGCGAGUUUGA